AUGUUGACCCUUCAAUUCCGCCGUCUUCAUAAGAACGAAUCUGAUAGUCAAAACCAAGCAAAAUCUCAUUAUCAGCAGCCCGGCUCAGAGACCCAGGGUGAUGCAUCUCCUUCCUCAGAUCCCCCUUCCUACUCCACACAAUCUGCAACAGAGGACACCUCCCAAAUCCCAGUUGGCAGCGAAUCAAAGCUCAACGCUCCAGAGGGAAGGGAAGUUGACAGUAGCCAUGCUUCAGGUGCGCUGGACACUCCUGCAAAAGAAUAUAAUCCACCUGCAUCAGGAAUAAGAGGUCUUUACAAUAGCAUUUCACAUACUUUGGAAGUAAUCCGUCAGCCUAUGCGAAAGUCGACCCAUCCUCUGCAUAACAGCUCUGUACCAGAUACAAACAGUCUUGCCUUCAGAGCUUUGGACCUAGCGGAACUCCGUACUCGGGAAUGGGAAGCCCUUACAGCUAAUCUUAGUCCUAGUGCGUUGCAAUCGAAGGCUCCGACGCCUCAGUACACAUCUAAAGACCUCCCAGCAGAGCCUGCCACAACACAAAAUGAUGCCAACCAUCCAUGUCCUGGGAGUAUUGUGCAACAUAAGGAUAAGUUGAACGAAGGGAUAUCAGACGGAAGGGGUCAUUAUCCUAGUGAUGGUUCCACCGUCCUGGGCCGAUCCUAUCGGCUAACAUUCACGAUCCAAGUGGAAGGGAAGGUGGUGUGCGUCGGCAAAUCGUCCGCAAGACAAGCAGGUUGUGGUCCUAAAUCCGAUGAGGGUGAAUCUCUGACUCUCUCAGUCUCCUCCAUCGUGCAGCACGAUGCUCGACCCGAUGAAGGAUCGACACGACCGAGCCUGGUCCCGGAAGAGGUUGAUUGA